UUAGCGUUUUUGCAUUUCAUGGAGGCGAGUCGGAUCCAUCAGAUACAACAGCAACCCGCUCCGCAAGAGUCAAGUGCAAUUCAUCGUCUGCCUCCAGAUGUGCUGCGUGUUAUCUUCCACCUAUGCAAUCCCCGUGUCGCGGUUUACCGUGACCCACGUCUCUUGAAUCCAUAUGCGAUACGGUGGCCGUGGUGCCUUGGAGAGACCUGUCGUUAUUGGAGAGAUGUUGUUCUCGAGACGGCAACACUUUGGUCUUACAUCAACCUCUACAUGUCGAAAACGCAUCUAGACAAGAAUCUCAUUCCCCGUGCAACGAUCUGCCUACAAAGGUCUCGUGGAUCUCGGCUUACUAUCCGCUUUCACAACUCCCGGUCAAAUCCAGAUAAGUGCCUGCCUCUUGAUAUGCUCACAGCUCACUCGGAUCGUUGGUACGAUGUGCAACUCCACAUGCCGAUGUCACUGCUUCCCAAGUUGGACAGGAUUGAAAAUAGGGUGCCGCUACUGCGUCGGCUCCAUUUCAGCACCAAUUCAUUAUUGUCGCCAUUUUCUCCGGAGCGCACACGCGCAUUCUCAAAUACUCCUAACCUACGGGAUGUCAAAUUGGAAUUAAUCAGCCCAAUAUCUUUCAAGAUUAAUUGGUCCCAGAUCACUCGCUAUGCUGGGGUCUGCGUCCCAACAAAUUCAAAUAUCUUUUACCAGGCGACCAAUCUUGUCAUUUGCGAUACAUUCGCAUACCAAUUUCCAAACCAACCAUUCCUGCCAGUCACUUUACUCUACCUACGUUCUCUUACGAUGUCUCUCCGGUCAACUACGGCACCAGGGAAUGCCAAUUCUUUGAGCUACCUCACCCUCCCUGCCUUGGAGACCCUAGAUUUUUUAAUCAUGUCACAAGUGGAAAAUAUGCUUGGUUCCAUCGUCGAGUUGAUUCAUCGGUCAUCCUGCACUUUGAAAGUAUUUCGGCUACAAGGAUUUUACCGUGUUUUUCCCAUCCGUCUUCCAGAGGAGGAUGUCACAGCCCUUUUCAAGGCGUUGCCAUCUGUUGUGGAUCUUACCAUCGAUGGUAUCAAUGCCUUGCUCACGGACGCUGUCAUUGGCAAGCUGACAUGUCGGUCUCCCCCUGAUGCUGAACCUCUACUUCCAUCCAUCCAGUCAUUAUCUAUAAAGGUCUGGGAGAAGGAGCCUCUUGGCUCCACGGCAUUCAUGAACAUGCUCCUGUCAAGAACGCGAGAGAGAAAGCUGACCCAUGAGCAACCAUCGGUCGCUUCCUUCCGACGGCUCCGAAUUUAUCAUCGAGGUGAUUCUCCCGGCUCAAAAUAUCCGAGCAAGGUGCAUGUCCUCCUAGGCUCCGACACGACAUCAUGUCUGGAUCAUUUGGUGCAGCAUGGUAUUGAGGUUAUUUAUUCUAUGCCAUCCAACGCUGACGCGUUCAGAAGCCUGCGCGUGUUUGAUAAAUCACAACUUUCUCCACAACUUCGGAGUGAACUUGUGCCUAUGUACCUCGUCCUCGGGCUCCGGUACCCUGGUCGAGACAUGCAAAGUCUUGCCUGCAAUGCGCUGCAUAUAUAUUUGGAGAGCUCGAAAUUGGUUCCGUCUUUCCCGUGGUUGACCUUUUCCUUCCACUUUUUCUUUCCUACCUCGCUUUGCUUUCUAUUCAUGGAUUUAAAGGAUCCCCUCCGUCAAGUUCAGGUUACGUCUUUGAUUUGCUCGACCUUUGCUAUUGGAUCAACUAUCUAUCGCUUUUACUUGCGGAGAACAAGGCUUUGGGUUGAUGAUGCGUUCUCUCUGUUUUCUAUGUUGAUCCUAGCCAUCCAGGUCGCUGCCGUUUUGCUUUUCCCAAGUAAGACGGACCAACGCCAGCAAAACAAUAUGGCUUAACCGCUUACCUAUCCCUUUCGUAGCCCGCAGCAAUGGAGUUGCUCGCUACUACGUUAUAACGACAACGUUUUAUGUCAUCGUAUGGUCUUCCCGAUUUUCGAUUCUUUUUUCCGUAAUUCGAAUCGACCCCAGCAAGCUAAGGCGGCCGUAUCUAUAUCUCAUCGGUGCUUUAUUCCUCCUCGUCUGUUUUUUCCUCGUGGCCCAGUUAUUCUAUGUAUGCACGCCACAAACAGCCUGGCGGGAGAUGAAGGUUCCGCAAUGUAAUCUAAGCACGCAAGUGGCAAUAUGUAAACUCACUUUUGACGCCGUCGCUGACCUCCUCCUGCUCGGGCUUCCUAUCAAGCUUUUCUUUGUACUUCAAGACAAAUGGUUACGCCAUCGCCUGACAGUGAUUUUUUCGACCUGUAUCAUUACUUCCAUCGUCGCUAUUGUCCACGCCAUAUAUAUUCUUAACCGCGGCGGACCAAAAAUCGUGAUUGUCGGUCUAGUCGAGGCAAGCACCUCCCUCAUAGUUUGCAAUUUUCCUAUCAUCGCGGCUACCUUCCUUCGUUUGGGGGACCAAAAUUCCGCAGAGAAUUCGCGCCACGAAAAUCCGCCUGGCUCAUCCCAAAUUCCCACUCUCGCAUUUAUGGCUCUUCCUCUAACUCAAGUAUCUGCAACGUUCACUGUCACCGACACGUCUGUCCUACAAAUACCAGUGCCUUCAAAACGACCAAGCAGGGCUCAGCUUCUGCCAGAUGAUGCUCGGAUCGGUGUAUCCCUAUCAAUAACCUACUAUCCGACUCUGGGGAACAUCUCUGGUAAAUAUCUUUCUCCUCUGAACAACCUCCGUGAACGCACAGAAUUGCCUUACAAUUUUGACGAGCGGAUCACUGUGUAUCUGGC